AACCUUGAAAGAUUAUAUAAAAUGAUGAAUUGUUAUACAUAAAAAAUAAAUAACUUUAUUCACACAACGAAAUUAAUCUAAGGAUACGUUAUUCGAUUUUCUUGCGAAAUAAUAUCUUUUCUCAGUCGAAUCUAUUCAAAUGUAAUAAAUGUAACGUAUGUCACGACUUCUCCAAUAAUACAUGUUAUAAAUGUAAGAAUAAGAACAAAUUGAAAGGUUUAAGUAGAAGAUGUUACUGUGAAGGUUUAAUAAGUUAGAAUUGACGUUUAAACAGUUUUAUUUUUCUACAUAAUAUUUAUGUAGUCGGUGAUAGAAGUCAAGGCCCUAAAGACUUUUAAAAAACAUAUAAUAUUUAAAAUAAUAUUUGAUCUCAGGGCAUUAUCAUUCCACUGUUUACCAUUAACAACACUAAUGUUUUUUUUUAAUCGAAUGAUUAACAAAUGAGAUUGUCAAUGAAUUCAAGGCUCUUAUAUUGGUAUGGCCCUCCCUUACUGAAUAUGUUGUCAGUUAUCAUUAUCAAAACUUAUGUCGAUCAUGGAAGAAAAUUGCAAAGAGCCGCAUCUUAAUGUUACCGUUAAUGAAAAUGAAAUCGAAAAGGGAGCCAUAGAAAUUAUAAAGCAAAUAAGACCGUUUUGGCCUUUGGAUCAAUUACAGUACAAGUUAUUUACUAAUGGAAUAACAAAUAAACUUGUUGGAGUGUGGUAUCCAGGACAUUAUAAUGAUAUGGUAUUAAUUAGGAUUUAUGGACAUAAGACAGAUUUACUUAUUAAUCGUAAAGAUGAAACAAGAAAUAUUCGGAUAUUACAUAAAGCUGGUUAUACACAUUCAAUUUAUGCAACAUUUAAUAAUGGUCUUGCCUAUCAAUUUCUUGAAGGUGAUAUACUUACCACUGAAACUGUUAGACAGCCAGAAAUUUAUAGUUUAGUAGCUAAACGAAUGGCAGAGAUGCACAUACUUCAACCUGAUCAUUGUGAUAUAUCCAAAGAACCAAUUAUUUGGAAUAAAACUGAACAAUUUAUGGAGCUUAUGCCCAAAGAAUUUUCUGAUCUUCCCAAACAAUUAAAAUUUAUUAAAUUAAUAAAACCGUAUGCUGUGUUGGAAAAAGAAUAUCAAUUUUUGAAAAAACAAUUAUCAAAUUUAAACAAUUCUGUAGUAUAUGCACACAACGAUCUUUUAUUGGCAAAUGUAAUUUAUAAUGAAAAACAAAAUAGUGUAACUUUUAUUGAUUACGAAUAUACUGCAUAUAACUACCAAGCAUUUGACAUAGCCAAUCAUUUUGCAGAGUUUGCAGGUGUCGAUUUUCCUGAUUAUUCCUUAUAUCCUGAGGAAUGUUUACAGAAAGCAUGGCUAAAAAUAUAUUUAAAAACAUAUUAUAACACUAAUGAUGUACCCGAAGGUGAAAUUAAUCAAUUAUAUAGUCAAGUUAAUAAAUUUGUUCUUUUAACACAUUUCUUUUGGGGGUGUUGGGCUCUCAUACAAAGUCAACAUUCAAAUAUUGAUUUUGAUUUUUUACAAUAUGCAGCAAUAAGAUUUGAUGAAUAUUUUAGAAUAAAGACAUUAAUUUUUAAUUUCUGAUGAGAAAAAAACCAU